CGCACAGGCAGCGUCGCUACGCUGUAUUUAUGUUUCUACUCAGUACCGACUCACACGUCCGCUAUAUGCGGCUACAGUGAACACAUCAUAGGCAGGCUUCACACAAGAUGCGUGUGUAAACCGAACGCAGAUAUUCUUGUGCCCGCAGCAGUGGGAAACGUCGUGUGGUCUACGCUCUACGAUUCACAGGACCUACACAAUUGCAGACACGUUCUUACAAGAUAAAGAGUUGAAUAUUGAAAUUGGUGGGACAUCUGACUAUAUUAAUGGUGCACGACCAUUGACAGUGAAUUGUUUUUUAGUGUGCAAAUAUCUUUCCCGCUGAAAGGUGUUGCUAUACUUUUGCCAUCUAAACUAGUCGCUUCUCGCAAACUGAAACCAAAUUUAAAACCCAUACGCCGCAGUGUCAUUGUGGUGAAAACUAGUGUUCAAGUUAUUAUAUUGUUUGUGCCUUUUGUUUCCUUUCAUUAAGAAUCGAUCCAAGUGUUCAUCUAUCAAGAAAUACACUUUUUGAAGCUAUCAGAUACGUGAGUCAAAAUGGCAACAGAGCAACGAAUAGAGGCUUCGACUAAAGUUACUUCGGAUAAAUGCAUUUACACGUGGACGAUUGAGAAUUAUCGCUUAAUAAAAUUAAAAGUGGGAGAAACAAUAGUAUCUCCAAAUUUUGGUGUUGGAAGUGAUUAUAAACAAUACUUCAAUUUGCAAUUAUACCCUGCAGGCGAGAGUGAAAAAGAUGCAGGCUAUAUUUCGUUAUUUCUUACACCCCUAAUUGAUUCAAAAAACAAACCAGAUAAGCUCGUAUGUAGAUGGACACUAUCAGCUAUUAAUGAUAUAAAAGUUAUUAAAAAAUUAACAGUGCAUUACGAUUUUGCGAGUGAUCAAGACUUACGUGGAUAUGGGAGGCCGAAAUUUUAUGAAUUAAAAAAUAUUGACAAAUUAAUUUCCUCUCAGAACACUGUAACUAUUCAAUGUGAAUUAGAAGUUUUCAAGAAAUUUCAAUCCUCAUUGAAAUUAGACAAUAUCAACAUUACAGAUCAGAUAAAUAAUAAAAUAAACUUAGACUCAUUGUUUCUUAGCCAAGAAUUCAGCGAUGUUAAAUUAAUUACUUCGGAUGAAAAUGAAAUUCCAGCCCACAAAAACAUACUUGCUCUAGCUAGCCCAGUAUUUAGGGCUAUGUUUACACAUGAUAUGUUGGAAAACAAAGGCCAUUUUGUUGAAAUAACUGACACUCCUUACAAUAUUCUGGUUGAAAUGUUGCGGUUUAUUUAUACAGGAGACAUUGUAAGUACCAAGGUGGAUAUAGUUCUUGAAAUUUUAGCAGUGGCUGACAAGUAUCAAGUUGAUAGUUUGAAAAUCAAGUGUGGAAAAGUAUUAUGUGAUGCAUUGACAACUGAUAAUGCAGUCAAGAUUUUAAUGGCUGCCCAUAAACACCAAGCAAAGUAUUUGGAAGAUAAAGUAAUAAAGUUUAUUACAACUCAAACCAAAUUACUCUCCAAUUCUGAAAAAAUGAAGAAAAUAGAUGAUCCUGAUGUAUGGGCAAAUUUAAUGCAAUUAGUAGUUAAAUCGCACAAAAAUCUAUCUUAAAUCCUUUUUGAAAUAUUUCCCAUGGAAUCAUCAUUACUUAAACAUCAAACAAUGGUGACUCAUUAUUAGUAUUUCUGCAUUAAAUGCUAGAUUAUUUUUUUGACCGUUAUAAUAAGUUUUCAAUGUUUCAUGACUUUGUGAUAAAAUUGAAUUUAGAAUAUUAAGCUAAUAUCUACGCUCUAAUUAUAGGUACAAUUUUGCAAGUUGAUUAAAACUGAUUGUCUAUGCUUGUCAAUAUAUUCAAUAUAUAGCUGAUUAUAUGAAAAGCAUUCUAACAUUUUUGUUGAACUAUUACUAUAAACUUGUGAUAUGAUUGUAAUGUAAUUUGUACAGUUGCAAAGUAAAUAAAGUGCAUUAGUGCAUAU